AUGGCUGAUGAGGUGACACUGCUGGAUUUUUGGGCAAGCCCUUUUGGUAUAAGAGUGAGAAUAGCAUUGGCAGAGAAGGGAGUCAAGUACGAGUACAGUGAGCAGAACUUGAGGGACAAGAGUGCAUUGCUUCGUAAGAUGAACCCAGUCUACAAGAGGAUCCCAACUCUCAUCCACAAUGGAAGACCAGUUUGUGAGUCCCUUAUUAUUGUUCAGUAUGUUGACGAUGUAUGGAAGGGAAAGGCCCCUCUUCUGCCUUCUGAUCCUUACCAAAGAGCCCAGUCCAGAUUCUGGGCAGAUUUUAUUGACAAGAAGUCAAGGAGGUUCACCAUUUUGAGAAGGCCAGGGAUUAACGCCACAGCAACUUCUGCAUAA